GGGCGGGGUUUCAUUGGAGGCAAAAACCCUGAAAGGGGCUAUCGUUGUUUGUAGUAAAACCCAAGAUCGCAAUAUAAACCUGAGUGCAUUUAAGUGUGAAAAGGACAGAAAUACCAAGGAGAGCAAACAUGGAUGCAGGUGAAGACCAAAACACAGGCACCACCAAUGGAAAUCCUCAGGCAACCGGGAACUCUCGUGCACCCCAGAUAGCCCACAUGUCUCUAUAUGAGAGACAGGCUGUACAGGCUCUCCAAGCACUGCAAAGACAGCCAAACGCUGCUCAGUACUUCCAGCAGCUCAUGCUGCAGCAGCAGAUCAAUAGUGCCCAACUCCACAACUUGGCCGCCGUGCAACAGGCCACGCUUGCAGCUAGUCGUCAGUCCAAUACACCAAGUAACAGCAUGUCCCAGGCGACCACCACUGUCAACCUAAGCACCACUUCUGCUGGAGGUACCAUGACCACUGCCCGUCCCCACGGCCCGACCACCUCAACAACAACUCUCAACCAGUCGGUGCUGCUGGGUGGAAACUCUGCAGGUCAGGGGCAGAUGUAUCUUAGGGUCAAUCGCUCUCUAAGGGCUCCCCUUGCCUCUCAGCUCAUCUUCAUGCCUGGUGGUACAGCAACAGCUACUGUAGCCACAGUAGCCCAGACACAGCCCCAGCAGCAGCAGCAGCAGCAGCAGCAGCAGCAGCAGCAGCAGCAGCAACAACAGCAUGAAGUCGCUCAUACCACUGCCAGUGCCCAGUCUGACAAUGAUCAGGUGCAGAAUCUGGCCCUACACUGCAUUUCCAAUCCCAGAGCAGUUGCUGUCAAGUCUGAGCUCCCGGAGAGGAAAGAUGUCGCCGGCUUUUCUCUCGGUCAACAGCAGCAGCAGACUUUUGCCCAGACAGCUCAGCAGCAGCAAGUGCAACCACAACAGCAGCAACAAAUGGCCAAACCCAACUUUACUCAGCAGUCCACCGCUAUGCAUUUAAAGACUGGUACUCCGGCUGCUUCUGUGGCUCCUUCCUCCACCUCCUCCCAAGCACUCCCUCUCUCCCAACUCCUCCUGUCCUCCUCUGCUGCUCCCAUGAUACUGGUUCCCACCUCAAAUGUCCCUACCACCACCCAGGGUUACUCCAUUAGUUCGGUGACCCCAAAAGCCAACAUUAACACGCAGACUCUGGUGGUGCAGCCCCUACAACAGGCCAACACUACUGCAGAAAAAGGACCUGUACCAAUCCAGCCCAAGACAGCUCAGGGACACCGCUUACCUGUGCAGCUGUCUCCUCGACACCCACCUCACAUUCUCCCAGCGCCACCCAACAACAGCCAGCACAACACUCCCCACAUCCCUGUGCAGCUUGUGGGAGCCAGGCAGGGGUUAGCGGGAAACGCACAUGCUGUGGCCCUGGCACAGGCACGAAGCAGCAUGGCCCAGGAAAGUACAGCCGGUGGGAAUGUUAACACAGUCUCCAACGACAGCGCUAUGAUAAAGCCUGCCAUUGGCUCUCUGAAGAGAAAAUCUGACUGUGAUGCACCAAAUGAGAUGACAACAGAAUGUUCAGACUCUGCACCCUUGAAAGAUUCUGCUCCGCCCUUGUCCCCUGCCCCGACAAAGGACUCGGCUCCUCCUGUAGCAGCUGCCUUCUCAUGUCCUCCCACCCUGUCCUUGCCUCUGCCCUUGUCGAGAGUUGGGCACGGGGACAAAGACAGAGCGCCUGUUCCCCAGGCAGUGGUCAAACCUCAAGUGCUCACCCACCUCAUAGAGGGCUUUGUCAUCCAGGAGGGAGCUGAGCCCUUCCCCGUUGCUGGACUCUUGAAAGACAGAGAUUUUGCCCUGGUUGGCCGCUCAGAGAAUGGACCUCCGUUGUUAAAGUGUGAGUACUGUGGAAGCCUCGCCCCGGCCAGCCAGUUCAGAGGAUCAAAGAGGUUCUGUUCAAAUACUUGCGCAAAGAGGUAUAAUGUGAGCUGCAGCCAACACUUUAAGACAAGCAGAGGGAGGAGUGGUGGUGGUGGGCUUCCACCGCCUCCAGCACCCACUGAGAGAGCUGCUACAAGAAGAGGUCCGUCUCGCAGGAGCAGUUCUAAUAUCAACUGUAAUAAAAUAUCAAACAGGCAUCUAACUGUCAAGUGUCACUCGGAGUCCAGCCGCUCGGAGGAUGUGUCCAGCGACGGGGAAGAAGAGGAAGACGAUUCUCUUUCACUGUCCCCGAGCUCUUCGCACUCCUGCUCAAGAGCAGAGCGCAACGUUCCUCCGUCUGACAGCUCAGCUCCUGGUAGCCUCCCACUAGAGGGGGCUAACUUUCUCUCAUCAACUCCUGCUCAGUGGAAUGUGGAAGAAGUCUGCCGGUUCAUCUCUUCACUUCAAGGUUGUGAAGAGUUGGCGGCCCAGUUUCUGUCGCAGGAAAUAGACGGGCAGGCUCUGCUGCUCCUGCGAGAGGACCAUCUCAUCUCCACCAUGAACAUCAAGCUGGGUCCCGCUCUCAAGAUCUGUGCCUCCAUCAACACCCUGCGUGAGUGAUGCAAUGAGUUCUUAAGAGGGACACCACCAUCGGUUUCUCAUUGAUGACUUCUCGCUGGAAUCAAUACCUGGACCUCUUUUUAGUAAGAAGUUAAAAAGACUCAAAUCUACGAGGACAGUGAGGAUGUUUUUUUUUUAUACAAAACAAUGGUGCCCCAUCGUUCAUGUGGAUACAUGGGGGUGGACAGUUUACUUUACGGACAUUGCAUGUGCAACAACAUGUUUUAUGUGCGAGUGCGAGGUGAGUAUGGACAGUCUUAAGUAUCUACGUCAGUCGUGCUUGUCAGGUUUCUUUUUUUAUCUCUCGCUGUGAGUAGAAGCAUUUUUUUUUUAUGUAUACUCUUAUAAAAACUGUGCAAAGCUACCAGCUUGCAGUAAUUGGUGCUAGGUCUUCUAACUAGGACAGCUCACCUGGUGGGGUUAAAAAAGAAAAGAAACGUUGCCUUCUUGAUGUAUUUCAAACGGUGCUUUAACUUUAGUAAUAUGAUUUGGAGUGAUGUCAACAUCAGUCCACUUCAUUUUUUUCAUUUCAGUCUUUUUAGUAGUUAUUUGUUUGUUUACUGUAGAUGUUCAAACCAGGCUCCAAUCACAUUAAGCGAAGGACACUCAAUAAGCCUGUUAUUAUAAUUAGUUCAUUUUUACCAGUUAUUAAAAGUUUAGUUUUGUAUCUUUUCCAUUUUGUACUACAAUCCAAAUUAUUUUUUCAUGGAUACAAUAUAGUUUUAGUAGCUUUAAUCAACUUAACUACCUGAAAAUAGGUAUUUCUAAUGCUUCGCUCUCUCAAGGGCUGAGUGGAAGUGCUCUGUGUACAUGUAUGCAGAACUACCAAUAAACAAUACCUGUUACUGUGUGUGUGUGUGUGUGUGUGUGUGUGUGUGUGUGUGUGUGUGUGUGUGUGUGUGUGUGUGUGUGUGUGAAAAAAGAUCAUUGUAGGACUUGAUAUAUCUUUAUUCACAUUUCAAUUUGUAUAAACAGUUUGAGUUAAUUUCUUACUUGUAGAUGUUCACAUGAACUGCGCUCUUAGAGAAGACAG